UAAGGCUGCGCGCACUCCCGCGUCUGUGAUUCGGCUGAAGAAAGAUAAACCGAGGUCCACGUGACAAUUUUAUAAAGAUGGAGUUUAUUAAAGAGGAGAGAGAAGAAAUGAAGAUUGAAGAAACAUUCAGAGUCAAACAUGAAGAGACUGAGACACACAAUAAUAUAAAGAUGGCGUUUAUUAAAGAGGAGAGAGAAGAUGUGAAGAUUGAAGAAACAUUCAGAGUCAAACAUGAAGAUACUGAGGAACAAACAGACCUGAUGGCACUGAAAGAGGAGAGUCAAGGACUGAAUGAAACAGAAGAGAAAGAACAAAAUGAGAAACAUCAUGAUUUCAAAACUGAAGAAAAAUCAAUUAGUUGUUCACAGACUGAAAAGACUCAGAAAAUACAAACUAAAACCCUUAAUUCCAACAUAAUUCACACUGGAGAGAAAUCUUACACCUGCAAACUGUGUGGAAAGAGAUUUACACAACAAAAUACCCUUAAUGUCCACAUGAGAAUUCACACUGGAGAGAAACCUUACACCUGCAAACUGUGUGGAAAGUGUUUUACACAGAAAAAUACCCUUAAAGUCCACAAGAGAAUUCACAGUGAAGAGAGACCAUUCAUAUGCCCUCAUUGUGGAAAGAGAUUUAAACAGAAAAAUACCCUUAAUGUCCACAUGAGAAUUCACACUGGAGAGAAACCUUACACCUGUGAGCUGUGUGGAAAGUGUUUUACUCUGAAAAAUACCCUUAAUGACCACAUGAGUAUUCACACUGGAAAGAAACCUUACACUUGCAAAGUGUGUGGAAAAUGUUUUACACAGAAAAAAACCCUUAAUGUCCACAUGAGUAUUCACACUGGAGAAAAACCUUUUAUCUGCAAACUCUGUGGAAAGAAUUUCUCACAUAACAUAUACCUAAAGAAUCACAUGAGGAUUCACAACUAGAGAGAAUCCGUUCACAUGUGGUCAGUGUGGAAAGAGUUUCAGAUAUAAAGAAAGCCUUAAUAAUCACAUGAAGUUUCAUUCAAGAAAGAACAGUUUUAAAUGUCAUCAGUGUGAAAUGAGUUUCACAGAGAGGGAACAUCUUAAGAAUCAUGUUAAAAUUCACGUCUGAGAAAAGCCUUCCAUGUUCCAUCUCUGUGGAAAGAGAACUUUGCUCAACAGGAGGACACCUCGAGAAACACUUGAGAAUUCGUCUGGUCUCCAUGUUUGGAAACCUAUAGUCCCAGUCAAAAUCAGUCAGUCCAGUAUGGGAUGACAAUAGCAAAGAAAAUACUAUUUUGAAGAUGUGGAAGAAAGUUUGUACACAAAUUUGAGAUGUGGCUAACAGAGUUUAGCAGUGUGCUACAUAUGGAGAAAUUCUGAUGUGAAAUUGUAAACCGAAGAGAUUCUUACAGAUAUGGAAACUCUUUUAAAUAUCUUGAAGGUGAUAACUGAUUAUUAAUUUCAACACUUUAGACCAGGGAUAGGCAACGAUGGUUCUGGGUACCACUGUCCUGCAGAUUUUAGCUCCAACCCUAAUCAAACAAACCUGAACAAGCUAAUAAAAGUCUUACAAUUACAAGGGCUACAGGCAGGUGUUGAUUUUUUCAAGGUUUGAGCUAAACUCUGCAGGACAUCGUCACUCCAGGACUACGUUGCCUAUCCCUGAUCUGGACAUAUUCUCUGUGUGGUGUGACAGAGUAUGUCUAGUAAGGUUAUCAUGCAGCUAUUGAAUAAUUGGAUAAUAUUUUGUACUGGAAUUUUAUUUUAAAUAGCCCCCCUCCCAAUUUUAGAAAACAUUUGGGGCAUCAUAAAGAAGAAGAUGUGACAAAGAAGACCUAAGAGAGUUGACAUCCAAAGCAAUUUGACCAAUAACAUGCAGGUAUUGUUCAUAAUUGAACAAUUUUGGGGCUGCGCGUGAGAAGGUGAGAACUACAAGGAACGAUCAAAGCGGUGCAAACGUGUUUGUUCGGUCGAUUGACUUGAAUCGUUGCUGCACACCAAUCAAAAAAAGACACCAAAGUAGGAUCGAGAGAGUAAAUCCGGUGUAUUCUCCAAGUUCCUGUUUUCCUUGUCAUCCAGUUGUCAUCGUGUGUAUAAGUGCUCCAUGUGUGGUUGUAGAUCCAUGUAGCUUCACUUUUCUGUUGAAUCUCCAUCUUACUAUCACUCUCUGUUGUCUAAAGUGAUCAAAUAUAAACUUAAUUCCCACCAUAUAUUCGAUAUUAUCUAUCAAACUAAUCUGACCAUUCACUUUUAACUUUACAUUGCAAAUGCUUUGCGCAUACACCGCGUUAGCAUUCGUUAGCUUGUCAUUCACAUUUCCAGUCGCGCUUAAAAAGUGCUGGCUAAUGCUAAACAUAAAUACAGUAAGUUAUUCACUAAUAAUGUUCGAAUUUUCCCCAGUCACAGAUCACUAAAAAUAACAUUAAACUGUUAACCUGCACCCCAACGCGGGCGUCCUCAAUGCCCCUCAACUCGCAGGUGUCAGUGUUUAUGAAUAGAUUAAAUGAAACGGGAAAAAUUUAGUCCAAUGAAGCAAUAACGUUGUAAUAUGCAUCAUAAUUCCUUUGUUUACGUUUCAGUUCUUCAGCAUCAGAACUGUUUGCGUCCGUUAUGGAAUAACUCACGGACGGAAACUGCGUCUUGGUAGUAAAAACACGGCAUGGUUUUGCAGCGUUCAGUGUCACAAACAGAAUGAGAUGAUCCACCGAAAAAAAAUAAUGAAUGAAAGAUAGGCGAAAGAUAGUUUAUUUGAAUUUUGGCGCUCCCUCGUGACGCGCUCUGGCGCACCUGUCAGCUGAUGGAGGUGGAACUUAUAGCAAUUGCCUUUGUCUUUGUUUCUUUUAUUUUUCAACAGUUGUUGAGAGAGUGUGUUUUAUGUUGAAUGUGAAUGUAUCUGCAUGAUUACCAUCUGUUUGAGUGAAAAUCAGCCCAAAUCAGCUCGCUAUUACUGUAUGCUCACGGCUAUCAAAGUGAACGCGUCUAUAUGAAUAGAGAGAGUGGAUUAUUUACUUUAUGGCACAUUUGUGUUAUUACCAUCUAUAUUACCAUCAAGUGGCCAUCAGCACAUCAGCCCUUAUUUUCAUUGUAAUUUAUUGUAAAUGCUGAAUUUCUAGCAAUCUCAGGAUGUUCUGUAAUUGGCAAAUAAAGGUAAAUCUUUUUUAUUAUUAUUAUUUUUACUCAAGUUAUUGUUAUUGUAUUUUUCUAGUGCUCAAAUGAAUCACUUAUAUGAUGUCUAAGUUUCUGUCUAGUGUUUUAUAAUUGAAAAAAAAAAACUAUGCAGUGGUAUGUUUAAUGAGUAAAUAGUUUGUAGAAGCCUUCAAUACUAUUGGUAAAUAUUUUUAUAUUUGGGGGGUGGGGGGUCUAGACAUAGUCUCAUAAAAAUAUCUAAUUCAGAUUUGAAAUCUAAAGUCAUGAGACGUGAUUUUCAACCCAUUAAUUUUCUAGAUUGCUCCAGGACUCAUUUCAUGUAUUUUCAUAUCAAAUAAAAAAAUAAAGUGUGGUAAAAAACAAAAAAAAAAAUUCAAGGCACUUCAGUGUCUAUAGACGGUUUCUUUGAACACAUGCGCGUUACCAUGGUCACGCAUCUGGACCUAAGUUAAUUUCCGGUCUGUGUUUGUUUAU